AUGGCCCAGGCCAGCAUCAACAGCGAGCCUGGCGAGUGGGGCUGGAGCGCAGACGCUGGCGAACGGGCCCGCCUACUGCAGAGUCCCUGUGUGGACACAUCCCCCAAGGUUGACGGGGAGGCCUGUCCUCAGGGACCAAGCAGAGGUACCACUUCCACACUUGGGGCCAUCUUCAUCGUAGUCAACGCCUGCCUGGGGGCAGGACUGCUCAACUUCCCAGCAGCCUUCAGCACUGCCGGAGGGGUGGCAGCUGGCAUCACACUGCAGAUGGGUAUGCUGGUUUUCAUCAUCAGUGGCCUGGUCAUCCUGGCCUACUGCUCCCAGGCCAGCAACGAGAGGACCUACCAGGAGGUGGUGUGGGCUGUGUGCGGCAAGCUGACAGGUGUGCUGUGUGAGGUGACCAUCGCUGUCUACACCUUUGGCACCUGCAUCGCCUUCCUCAUCAUCAUCGGGGACCAACAGGACAAGAUUCUAGCUGUGAUGACAAAGGCGCCUGAGGGGGCCAGCGGAGGCCCCUGGUACACGGACCGCAAGUUCACUAUCAGCCUCACCGCCUUCCUCUUCAUCCUGCCGCUCUCCAUACCCAGGGAGAUUGGCUUCCAGAAAUAUGCCAGCUUCCUGAGUGUCGUGGGCACCUGGUACGUCACUGCCAUCAUCAUCAUCAAAUACUUCUGGCCAGAUAAAGAGAUGAGCCCCAGGGACAUUGUGACCAGGCCAGCGUCCUGGGUAGCCGUGUUCAACGCCAUGCCCACCAUCUGCUUCGGAUUUCAGUGCCACGUGAGUAGUGUACCCGUCUUCAACAGCAUGCAGCGGCCGGAUGUGAAGACGUGGGGCGGGGUGGUGACAGCCGCCAUGGUCAUUGCGCUUGCUGUGUACAUGGGCACUGGCAUCUGUGGCUUCCUGACCUUUGGAGCUGCCGUGGACCCCGAUGUGCUCCUGUCCUACCCCUCAGAGGACAUGGCUGUGGCUGUUGCCCGAGCCUUCAUCAUCCUUAGUGUGCUCACCUCCUACCCCAUCCUGCACUUCUGUGGACGGGCUGUGGUCGAGGGCUUGUGGCUGCGCUACCAGGGGAUGCCGCUGGAAGAGGAUGUGGGGCGGGAGCGGCGGCGGCGGGUGCUGCAGACCUUCAUCUGGUUCCUGCUCACCUUGCUACUGGCGCUCUUCAUUCCCGACAUCGGCAAGGUCAUCUCGGUCAUCGGAGGCCUGGCCGCCUGCUUCAUCUUUGUCUUCCCAGGUCUAUGCCUCAUUCAAGCCAAACUCUCCGAGAUGGAAGAAGUCAAGCCAGCCAGCUGGUGGAUGCUGGUCAGUUACGGAGUCCUCCUGGUCACCUUGGGAGCCUUCAUCUUCGGCCAGACCACAGCCAACGCCAUAUUUGUGGACCUUGUGGCCUAA